AUGCAUUGGUGUCAAAUUAUAUUCUCGGCGCUAAUAUUUAUCCACACCGCGCAAUCUUGGUCCCCAACAGAUUCUUAUGCUCCAGGUAAAGUUCAGUGUCCCAAUUCUGACAUCUUGAGAGUUGCUGAUAGUAUAUCUGAAGAAGAGAAAUCAUGGCUUAGCGGAAGAGACAAAGUGACUAAUGAAAAGCUUGUUGAGUUUCUCAAGUAUGCCAACAUGUCUCAGAUCGAUCCAGAGGACUAUGGCAACAUGAACAAGAGCAUUCACAUUGGAUUAGCGUUUUCCGGUGGUGGAUAUCGUGCUAUGUUGAAUGGAGCGGGCCAGAUGAGUGCCUUGGAUGAGAGGACUAGCGGUCCAGAUGGCGGAAAUGCAAGUGGUUUAAAUGGUCUUCUCCAAGCAAGUACUUAUAUUGCUGGUUUAUCCGGUGGAAGUUGGCUAGUUGGAUCCAUCGUGUUCAACAAUUUUACAUCUGUGGAAGAUAUUGUAAAUCAGAAAACUGAUAUUUGGAACUUAAAACACUCAAUUGUCAACUAUGGUGGUAUCAAUGUUGUGAAAACAUAUGAAUACUACAAAGGUAUAUUAGACGAUAUAGAUGAUAAAGAGGAUGCUGGAUACGAUUUGUCCUUUACAGAUGUAUGGGGGAGGGCAUUAGCACACCAAUUUCUUACUACACUUAACGACACAGGCGCAUCUUUAACAUUUAGUUCGGUUCAAGAUUGGGAUGUGUUCAAGAAUCACGAAAUGCCUUUCCCAAUAUUCAUUAGUGACACACGAGCAGAGGGGACUAAAAUCAUUAAUUUGAAUUCAAGUUUGACAGAAUUUAACCCGUUUGAGAUGGGAAGUUUCGACAAGAGUAUUUACCAAUUUGCAAAAAUUAAAUACUUGGGUACCGAGUUGAGUGAUGGAGAUACCAAUGGAACGUGUAUUGGUGGAUAUGAUAACGCUGGCUAUAUCAUGGGUACUUCUUCCACGUUGUUUAAUCAAUUUUUAUUGCAGAUCAACACCACAUCGUUGCCAUCAAUUGUGAAGAGAGUUGUUACUUCAUUAUUGGAUCGUGUGAGCAACCACGAAAAUGAUGUUGCAGUAUAUGAUCCAAAUCCAUUUUACGAUACCAGCGUCGGAACUUCAAGCAACUUGGCAGGAAAUGAAACCUUGGUUUUGGUUGAUGGCGGUGAAGAUGGACAGAACGUUCCCUUGUGGCCACUUAUUCAACCUGCUCGUGAUGUUGAUGUUGUUUUCGCAUUUGAUAACUCAGCUGAUACCGAUGGCUAUUGGCCCAAUGGUACAUCGUUGAUCAAAAGCUAUGAAAGGCAAUUUGUUAAUGCAGGUAAUGGUACCAUUUUCCCAUACGUGCCAGAUGCAAAUUCGUUUAUCAAUUUGAACUUGACUGCUAAACCUACGUUUUUUGGAUGCGAUGCUAGAAACUUGUCAUCGUUACUCCACAAUAAUAACACCAACAGCAAUCUGUCUAGCUCUUAUACUGUUUAUGAUUCACCAUUGAUUGUGUACAUUGCCAACAGACCAUUUUCAUACUGGACCAACACAUCCACAUUUAAGUUGCUGUACGAUGAUGACGAACGUAACCCAAUUAUCCAAAACGGAUUUGAAGUUGCCUCGAGAAACAACUUGACAUUGGAUCCUGAAUGGCCAGCUUGUGUUGGAUGUGCCAUCAUUAGAAGACUGCAAGAAAGAAAUGGAGAGGAACAAUCCGACCAAUGUAAGCAAUGCUUUGAAAGGUAUUGUUGGGAUGGAAGUUUGGAUUCAGAAGGAACCAAGUUGAACUUUACUGAAACAGGAACCACCAAUGGAGAGGAAAGUAGUUUAGAAAGUGCCUCGACAUCUUCUAGCACAUCAAGCUCAUCAUCUAGCUCUUCACAUGGCGGAAAGAAGAACGAUGCUAGUGCAAAGUCAUUCAGUUGGAGUUUGUUGUUUGGUUUGCUCUUGAUGGUAGGGUUCGUGGGCGUAGAUCAAUUCUAA